AUGGAUCUUACUUAUAUUCCUGAAGACUUACUCAGUUGUCCAAAAUUUGGAAAUAAAUCCUGUCCUCCCACCAACCGCCCUUUUCAUGUCCGGGUGGUAAUGUAUUUGGUUAUGACUGCAGCCAUGGUUAUCACAAUCAUUGGGAACUUAGUUAUAAUAAUUUCCAUAUCUCAUUUCAAACAGCUUCACUCUCCCACAAAUUUUCUGAUCCUCUCCAUGGCAACCACGGACUUUCUGCUGGGUUUUGUCAUCAUGCCGUACAGCAUGGUGCGAUCAGUGGAGAGCUGUUGGUAUUUUGGAGAUGGCUUUUGUAAAUUCCAUGCAAGCUUUGACAUGAUGCUAAGCCUGACCUCCAUUUUCCAUCUCUGUUCCAUUGCUAUUGACCGAUUUUAUGCUGUUUGUUACCCUUUACACUACACGACCAUGAUGACCAUCUCCACGAUAAAGCGACUGCUGGCAUUUUGCUGGUCGGCCCCUGCUUUGUUUUCCUUCAGUUUAGUUCUCUCUGAGGCCAACGUUUCUGGUAUGCAGAGUUAUGAGAUUCUUGUUGCUUGCUUCAAAUUCUGUGCACUUACUUUCAACAAAUUUUGGGGGACAAUAUUGUUCACUACAUGCUUCUUUACUCCUGGCUCUAUCAUGGUUGGUAUUUAUGGCAAAAUCUUUCUUGUUUGCAGACAACACACUCGGGUCCUCAGCAACAUGCCCGAAAACACAAAGGGAGAAGCAAGAAAAAACCUAUCUAAGAAAAAGGACAGGAAAGCAGCUAAGACCCUGGGUAUAGUCAUGGGAGUAUUUCUAGCUUGCUGGUUGCCUUGCUUUCUUGCUGUUUUGAUUGAUCCAUAUUUAGGCUACUCCACUCCCAUAGUCAUACUUGACCUUCUAGUGUGGCUUGGUUACUUCAACUCCACUUUCAACCCCCUCAUUCAUGGCUUUUUUUACCCAUGGUUUCGGAAAGCUCUUAAGCACAUAGUGUCAGGAAAAAUAUUCAGCUCUUACUCAGAAACUGCAAAUCUGUUUCCUGAAGUACAUUAA